UCCUCACACACACACACACACACACACUCACACACACACACACACACUCACACACUUCCGUGUUGUGUGUCACCGUAAAGCAGGAAGCAGUGCAGUAACGUGUAGGAGCUGAUCAGCCUUCCUGGUGUUUACAGGGUCGUCGUCAUUGUUCCGAUGCCAGGUGAAGUGAAGCUACAUGGAGGCUAACUACUGAACCGAGCCGAGCCGAGCCGAGCCGGACCAACCAGCGAACGACAGGAGCUGCGGUACAUUAACCGGGAUGCCAGCCGGAGUUUGCGGCUGCUGUGGCCCGCUGAGGCCGAGGUACAAACGCCUGGUGGACAACAUCUUCCCAGAGGACCCCAAAGAUGGCCUCAGUAAAUCAGACAUGGAGAAGCUGACCUUCUACGCCGUGUCGGCUCCAGAGAAGCUCGACAGGAUCGGGGCUUACCUGGCCGAGAGGCUGAGCCGAGAUGUGGUGCGGCACCGCUACGGGUACGUGGUGAUCGCCAUGGAGGCUCUGGACCAGCUGCUGAUGGCCUGUCACUCUCAGAGCAUCAAACCCUUCGUGGAGAGUUUCCUGCACAUGGUGGCCAAGCUGCUGGAGUCCAGAGAACCGGACCUGCAGGUCCUGGGAACCAACUCGUUUGUGAAGUUUGCCAACAUCGAAGAGGACACGCCGUCCUAUCACCGCCGCUACGACUUCUUCGUGUCCCAGUUCAGCGCCAUGUGCCACUCCACUCAUGAAGACACUGAGACCAGAACCAGGAUCCGAGUGGCCGGCAUUAAAGGUCUGCAGGGUGUGGUGAGGAAGACGGUGAACGAUGAGCUGCAGGCGAUCAUCUGGGAGCCUCAGCACAUGGACAAACUGAUCCCAUCCAUGCUGUUCAACAUGCAGGACAGCGACGACCUGGACAGGGCGGGGCAUCCCAGCACGCCGUCAGUGGCCGGUCAGGACGGCGAGGAAAACCCGGCGGCGCUGGCAGAGAGCUGCUUCAGAGAGCUGCUGGGCAGGGCGGCCUACGGCAACAUGAACAACGCCGUGCGACCCGUGCUGGUUCACCUGGACAACCACCACCUGUGGGACCCCAACGAGUUUGCAGUGUCCUGCUUCAGAAUCAUCAUGUACUCCAUCCAGGCUCAGCACUCCCACCACGUCAUCCAGCAGGUUCUCAAUCAUCUGGACACCAACAACAAGAACACGCCGCGGGUCCGAGCCGGCAUCGUCCAGGUCCUCCUCGAGACGGUGGCCAUCGCUGCCAAAGGCUCAGUGGGUCCCACAGUGCUGGAAGUGUUCAACACUCUGCUCAAACACCUGAGGAUGAGCGUGGACUUUGAGCUCGGCGAGAGCUCGAGGAGAAACUCCAGCGUCAGCGUCUCGUCCAGCCGAGGCAAAGAGAGCGAGGAGAGGAUCGUCCAGAACGCCAUCAUCCAGACCAUCGGCUUCUUCGGUGGAAACCUGCCAGACUACCAGCGAGCUGAAGUCAUGAUGUUCAUCAUGGGCAAAGUGCCCGUGUACGGGACCCCCUGCCACACCUUGGACCCCGGCAAGAUUGGGAACCAGGGCACCAAGCGGAUCCAGACCAUGCUGCUCAGCUCUCUCAUCAUGGUGACCUCUGGCUUUAAGUCCAAGUCCAUGGCGGGAGCGCUGCCUCCUCCCUUCUUGGAUCCGCUGUUCUCCAUCUCUCUGAUGGAGGACGGCGAGCUGAGGCAGAUGGUGCUGGAGAUCCUGCACAACAUCAUCGAUCGCCAUGACAACCGCGCCAAGCUGCGAGGCAUCAGAAUUAUUCCGAAUGUCGCAGCGCUGAAGAUUAAACGAGAGAAGAUUUCCAAACAAGACGUUGCAUUCAUGAAGAAGCACGGCCAGCAGCUCUACCGUCACAUCUACCUGGGCUGUAAGGAGGAGGACAACGUCCAUAAAAACUUUGAGCUGCUCUUCACCACGCUAGCCAUCCUGACCAUCGAGCUGGCCAACGAGGAAGUGGUCAUCGACCUCAUCCGGCUCGCCAUCGCUCUGCAGGACAUGGCUCUGGUGAAUGAAGAGAACAUGCCGAUGUGUAUCCGCUGUGGCAUCAUGGCGUUGGUGGCGGCGUACCUCAACUUCCUGAGCCAGAUGAUCGCAAACCCUCCCUUCUGUCAGCACGUCAGCAAGGUUAUCGAGCUAAGGAACAUGGACGCUCCGUACCUCCUACCAGAACACAUCUUCAGAGACAAGUGUCCACUCCCCGACUCUUUGGACAAAGACGACAGACUGCUGUACUUCCAGACAGCCGACAUGGCCGAGUGUCUGGCAGGACCAGGAUACAACGCGGAGAGGCUCUCCGUCCCGUACAUCCCCCAGGUCACAGAUGAAGACCGUCUGACCAGGAGGAAGAGUUUUGUGGACACAACCUCCAUCCAGGACAUCAUGUCCAACAGCCUGCCGGACAAGGUCAGUGGGCGGUCGCAGCUGGCUGAGGAGAUCACGUUCGAGACACUGAAGAAGGCCAUCGAUACCACCGGCCUGGAGGAGCAGGAGCGGGAGAAGAGGCGUCAGGUGAUGGAGAAGUUCCAGAAAGCUCCGUUUGAGGAGAUCGCUGCACACUGCGAGUCCAAGGCGAACAUGCUUCAUGACCGGCUGGCACAAAUCUUCGAACUUACCAUCAGGCCUCCGCCCAGCCCGUCCGGAGUGGUUUCCAUCUCAGCGGGACACACCCAGCACCAGUCCGUCCCGGUCUACGAGAUGAAGUUUCCAGACCUGUGUGUGUACUGAUUACACACACAUCAAACACACACACAGCUGAAACAUAAAAAAUGCAAAAUUAAAAUUGUCGAGAACGAAAUGCACAAUCACAAAAAUCACAAAUCUCCAUUCAGACCAGCACAAAGGUGUCAGGAUGCUGAAACAACCUGCAGCAGAACAGCUACGAGCCAACAAACCUCCCGAAACUCACGGAAAAGUCCGAACCUGAGCUGUUCGUUCAGUUAAUCUCUUAAUGAAUCCACUGAUCUGCUGCUCUUUGUCCCUGAAACCAAACUAACCGCACGAGUCACCACGAACAAAAACACAACACGAACUUUCACGACAUCGUGAGUCUGACGUUUCUUCCAGCAUGACUCCGUCACCUCGUCUCUAGCCAAAGCUUCACACCUCGUACAAACGCUGUAGUUUUAUUUUAGCUGUGACCGACUCUCUGUCCUCAUGUUGUUCAGUAGGCGUCAGUGCAGUCGAAGUAGAAAUGUACAAUAUAUUAUCUGCGCGCUCGAUAAAUAACUUCACAGGUUAGAAGGCAGAUUCAGCUUUAGGCUGCGCGGCUGUGUUUCGGUAAAAUGACGUUUCGUGUGGAGAGAUGAGCAAUACCUGGAUAACGGGCUCGCGAGCUGCUCAGCAGAGAGUUUGGAUUGAACCCGGUUCAGCAGAGACGGCUCGCUCACGGUUGGUGAUUGCUGAGUUGGAAACUGGUCCGAGUUCCUGAAGAGGUUCGUUUGAUUUCCAUCAUCGAGUAACGUUACCUUUGUCAGAACGGCUGUUUGGUUUCCAGCUCUUAGUUUGUGAUGAGUUAAUGCAGCAGCGGUGCAUUAAUACCAAUCAUCGCCUCCGUCACCUGCUCGGAUACAAAGCAGUGACACUUCUUCAAACAGUCACCGCGAGGCCGCGGUUUGUUUCCAGGAGCUGCAGCUGUGAUCCGUAAUAACAGAUGGUUAUCGUGUUUCCUCUGAUCUGAGCUCGCUGUGCAGACGCUGAACGUUGAAGGCCGGCGAGGAGAUGUGGGUUUGUUUGUGUCGUCUGGUUUUGGCUUGUUUGGAUCCAGAAUCUGACCUUUUUUUUUUUUUCUCUCUCUGUCUGGAGUCCGAUGUGAUGUUUGAACGAUGGAAGAUGGAAAGCUGAAUGAAAGAGUUUUGUUGGGAACGUCUCAGAUGGUUUUCGGUACGUUAAACGUUGUCGCGUUGUUGUACGAGAAAGUUUGAAAUCACCAACGUGAGCCUGAGCAGCUUCUGAAAGAACAAAUUUCUGAGCCGACAAGCUUCAAGGAUUAAUAUGUUCCUCUGUAUAAUACAAUAUCCUCCACUGAUGCAUUAAACUUAUGGAUUAUCCUUUUGUGCAUAUCCGUGCCGCGUAACGUCUUAGCUUUAAAUGCAAACUUUUCUGAUUUCAUAUCACAGUAUCGACUAAAAACAAACAUGCAUUAUGUGACUAACUAACUGCAUGAUCUCUUAAUAUCACGUCGUCAAACCCUGAGCUGGGAAUUUAAGUUUAAAUCCAUCUAACGAGUUUUUUCAUCGACUGAUUUCUUCAAAUCUUCUUCAAGCUGAUAAAAACGAGUCGCCGCUUCACUUUGGAGAAGACUGAAACAGUCGAUGGAUGGUUUGUUUAGAUGUGGUCCUCGAUGAAUGUGUCGUUAUAGCAGUAUAUCAUAUAUUUUUGUACAUUUUAUGCAUCUUGUAUCGUUAAACUGUUGCCUGGUUAGAGAUUUUAGAAUUUGGGAGAUUUUUUUUUGUCUCGCCAAAAAAAGAAGCCGUCUUUUUUUUUUUUUAAGUUUCACCAGGACGUCGACGGUUCAGGGUUUCAAAGGGAUUGUCCGUUUGAUCAUUUCAAAUAUGCUGAAAGAUGAAUGAAUAUUAUAUCUAUAGUCAGAUGAUGUUAGUUACUUUUGUGUAUUACAGAGAGGCGGAGUAAAAGUCAGUACAAUCCGCUGAUCUCAGCUUUUUUUCCACAGAAGUUGCAGCUUCUGCUUCGUCAGGAAGUUUCAAAUCUAAAAUCCUUCCAGACUUUUCCAAAUCGAGACGUUUCAGCUCCGGAUUCACGUCACAAAGACAGUUUACACUUUUUAGUUUUAGAUCCUAAAAAUCACAAAAACUGCCACUUCACUGCAAAACUUGAAACAAAAAUAAAUGAACGGAGAGGCGACCAUGCGUCGUCACGGAGGUCUUUACGGUACUUUAAAACUUUCGUGUCCGCAAUUUCCCCAAUAAAUUGCACUUUUUUUUUUCUCAGAGUUAAAACUCUUAAAAAUCUUUGUGCACAAACACGAUGCACAAAUUUCUGGAUUCGGCAUGACGUCGAGUUUCAGAGGACGCCGUUAUCGGUGAUGUCUGUCGUGAAUAAACAUCCAGAAAUCCACCUAGAAAUCAGGAAAAUGAGUUUUUGAAUGGUGCCACAUCGACAUAAUUUAAACAAAUACAGCUAAAAGAAAAGGAGGCAACAAUUUAUCAGCUGAUAUUCGGAUGACGUUCCCCAACAUUAGUGAUGUUUAUCUGGUGUUGGCUAAAUCUUCCAAACAAGAUACGGAGAAAUAAUCACCAUGUUUUGUAUCGAUGACUCAAAAACGAGGCUUUGAUGAACUCCACGAGCUCCGACGUGCUUCUUUUGUUUCCGUGACACAAAAUAAUAAAUAAAUUAACAACAACAACAAAAAUCAUUGGCAUUGAAUAUUUUUUUAUUUUACACAUCGGCCUCGGUUGUCUCCCACGGCAAACUCGCGGAGUCCCGGGCAACAUUACGAGAACGGUAGUUAUGAAACGUGGAGUCAGAAAAAUAACAGAGCCAGAAUAAUUAAUAUCAUUUUCCAUGUGGCACAAUCAGUGUUUCAAACUGCAAAGAAGUUUUGCUUGUAAAGAUUUUAAAAUCAAAGUUUUGACACGUUAACGUGAGAUCACGAUGACAGACGAGUCGUCUCCGGUUCGUUCGGGAAUCUGCUGCAACUUCUCCUCAUUUAUCAAAGCUGACUAAUUAAUAAUGUUUAAAUCAGAGUAAAGAUACUUUUGAUAAAUCGACAGUAUAUUUCAUAGAUUUAGAUCGAUGGUUUAAAUAAUGUCGAUGAAUGACCACUUGUUAAAAUAAAAUGCUGAGUCAAUGCACUUUGGUCGACGUGUACCCGGUACUACAAAUCAAUCAGCACAGAUUAGUUCGGUACAUCGAUCACUCGAGGUGUUUUUCUUCUGAACGUUCAGUUUGUGAAAUGUCGUAUUGGAGAAUAAAAACUGUGAAGCGUCCGUCCUGAGCGCUGACUGAAGUCCGUACAGAGUCUUAAAUCUUCAGAGGAAACGUGACGUGGAAUCACGUCACUGCUGAGCCGCCUUACUUCACGAUGCUGGACACAAAAACUGCUUUAAAAACACAAAGACGGACUUCCCGUCAGUGCUCCGGACGGACGCUUUCAGGUCGAACAGUCGAAUUCUGCAGGAACAUGAACAGAACAAAACAAACUUUUUAUGUUUGUGACGCAGCACUUUGUAUUUUUGUGCCAGUUUUAGAGAUUUAAAGUGUCUCUGUGUUUCUGUUUCAAACCGCUAAAAGCUAAAAGGCUUCGAUUCAAACACACCGAUGAUUUUAACCACUAGACGGCGCCGAGGUUCUGCUGCGAGUUUAAAAAAAAAAAAA